CGCUUCACCUCUCAAAUCGUCUAUUCAUCUUCUCCCUUUCUUCUAAAAUCUACCCGGUCAACUCAGGAAAAAAGAAAGGAAAGAAAAGUGAGUAUUAGAGACUGAGAGACAGGUUUUGAGAAAGAGGGGAAGGAAAUGGUGAGAGAAAAGUGAGAAAAAGAGGGGGGGGAAAAAAAAAAAGGAAGAGUAGAGAACGAAAGAGAUAAGCUGAGAUUACUCACGUUUUUCUCUUUUCCUUGGUGACUGUCCGACUGUUGGCUUAGGAACUUAGGGGCCGGGCGCCCCUGUAUAUAUAUCCGCCGCUGAUAUAUAGUACCAUCUGCAGGAGGAUCAAGAGUUCAAAAGAAAGACAUGGAAGAUAAAACUUGCCAUCCUCACUCUGAUGACAUUGAUGAAACUGAAAUCAUACGAUCAACUAGUGAUCACCAGCUCAUGAUCAUUAUACAUUUCAAAUCAAGAAUUUCUCUUUACUGUUAGCGAUGAAGGAUGAAAAAUGUCACUCUGGCCAGUUUGAAGUUGGCGGUUAUCAAUGAAGCAAAUGGGAGAGUAGUAAGACGCUUUCAUAAAUUGAAGACUGAAUGGGGAUUCGCCCAGUUGCUUUCUCAUGAGACUCUCAAUGAUCCAUCAAAUGGUUAUCUUGUUGAAGACACUUGUGCCUUUGGGGUAGAAGUUUCUGUUAUUAAAGGUAUUUGUAAAGGAGAGUGUUUGUCGAUGAUAAACCAACCUCAACGUGAUUAUUUCACUUGGAAGAUUGACAACUUUGCUGACUUGAAAGAUAAAAUUUAUUACUCUGAGGAAUUCACCAUCGAAGGGCGAAGAUGGAAGUUGAGGCUUGAGCCGGAGGGGGAAGGAACAGGAGCGGACACAUUCUUGUCUCUCUACCUCAUGUUAGAUGAUUCAGAAAGUCUUCCUCCCAACAGAAAAUUGUACGCAAAAUACAAGCUGCGAAUAAGGGACCAAAUCAAUAGCAAUCAUCUUGAAAAACCAGUUGAGUAUUGGUUCUCUGACCCCUUUCCCAACAACGGUAGUGGGUAUGGCAAAUUUUUGUCCAAGAGAGAUCUCCAUGACGCAUCAAAGGGCUACUUGGUGGGUGAUUUUUUGUUCAUUGAAUGCAAACUUGAUGUUAUAUCCGUGUUUAAGGAUUUCUCCUCUAAUUAAUAUUACGUUGGAGGUCCCCAAGAGGUAAUUUAAUCGGCUAUGACCAUGCCUAAAUGCUCAAUUUGUUAAUGGUUAUGCUUUAUGUUGGAGGAGCAUAAUUAGGCUCAAUUUGUUAAUGGUUUUUAGAGGUUGUAUUAUGUUAUUUGUUUGAAAAAGUGUUUUGAUGUGACAUGAAAAUUAAAGUAAUUUUAAGUGUUAUGGGUGUUUUGUGUA